AUGGCUUCGGACAAGCUGAAAGAGCUGGCCCAAUACAGCGCCUGCGACAUCUCCGAUGCCCUCCUUAAAUUUGAUGUGCCAAAUGCCGGCUUCCUUCCGGAUAUUGUGCCACUUCAAACAAGCGGAAAGAUUGUAGCACCAGCCACGACUGUGCUUUUCGUGAGCAAGACGACGCCUUCUUUUCCUGGUCACGGACCAGAAGAUCACUUGCCGAGCCCCGCCGCCUCAUCGAAUAUUCCAACCGGCUCCAUCUACUCUGAUCUCAUGGCGCCAGGAACAAUUGCGGUCCUCAGCCAACCUCAAGGGUCAGUCACGGCCACCAUGGGUAGUGUCCACGCGGCGCGCAUGAAUAAGCUAGGCGUCAAGGGCGUCUUGGUAGAUGGCAGAGUUCGAGACGUUCAAUAUCUGAAAGAAGAGCUGGAUAUGCCCGUCUGGUGCAAAACGACAAGUUUGGUGGCUACAAAAGGACAGUGCAAAGCGCAUGGGAUCAACGUGCCCAUCGACAUUGGCGGAACUCGGGUUACAGAGGGUGAUAUUAUUGUACUUGAUCCAGCAGAAAACGGUGCACUGUGCAUACCGAAAGAUAAGGUCGACCAGGUGCUAGAACUCGUAGCUAGGCUGGUGGAAUUGGAUCGAAAAACAAUGGCAGAUAUUGCACUUGGGUGUAGCGUCGAAGAAACAUCUCAGAAAUAUGUGAAAUAA